AUGCCGUCCCGCCAGAGCGACGAGAGUUCGACCUCCACCGCCGCAAAGGCGGCAGUACGAUUUGUAACAAAGACAGCAGUAGAAACAGCAACAGCAACUCCAACUACAACACCGGCCGGAGGUAGUACGGGAUUGUCAACCGCUGCCAUCACCGGGAUUGCAGUAGCAUCGGUAGUCGCGGCUUUCGCCUUGAUAUUGCUUUGUUUCACUGUUACCUUCUUCCGCCGGAAGGGAAGCCAUCUCCAUCUUGCGCCGCCUGCGCCAGUCGCCGAGACGUGUCCCGAUGCGUCGACUGAAUUAUCGCCAGAAGAGCUGGGCUUAACCACUGGACUCGCUGGAGUGCCAUGGCGCUGCCUAUUGAUGGGAGCAUCCGACAGCGACGUCAGACGGGAACUCGCCUCUCUGGGCCUCCUGAUCGAUCAUCACGUCAGGUACCAUUACCAUCGUGACAACAUUCUGGUGACACCGGACACUCUCCACGCGUCACUGCGCCAGCUUCAGUUAACUGAGGUUACCUGUCACAUGGUUGCGAGACUGUCUAUUGAUCCGAACACCCGAUACGUCGCCAUCCGUCAUUUAUUGGCGCUUGUCAUCUUCUCGAACCUCGACACCCACUCUGUUGGCUUGCUUUCUCUCCUGCCGCCGACUCUCAAGGAAAUGUCUCGGUCGCGGCUCGGGGCUUCCAAGGAGAAGCGGGAUUCUCUUGAUGAAACGGCUCUUAUGUCCUGGAACAAAAUUACCGCCUUCCUCAUGCAUGAGAAUCCUCAGUUUCAGACCCCGUUGCGGCCACCGCCGAGCGUGGAAUCCCAAGUCAAGGCGCUUGUCACUCCGCUCCAAGAAUUUUUAGCCCAUUUCGUUCGCAUAGACAACCAUCACCCCCUUGCACACCAGCAGGCUGGCCUCGCGGGUAUCAUUCGCCAGUCCGUCAAGUUCGGUUACGAGGUCUUUUCGCAUCCGUGUGACUGGGAAUUUACAUUCCCACAACAGGAAAAGGGAAUUAUUGUUGUGCCAGGCCUCGUCCGACAUAGCGGCAACAACGGAGAGCUAUUUGACCCACCAACGAUUCUUUUGGCUCCCAAGGUUAUCACCAUCGAUCCUACGAAGAACUAAGCACUAUCCUCAUAGCGGACGGGUCAACCGAGUUAU